CACAACAAUCCGGCAGCUACGGAGAGGCGAAAGGGACACACUGCCGCGCCCGUAGCCCAGCCCCUCUUCACGUAGAGCACACUAUUGGUCCUCUGCUCUCCAAGACCCGCCUCCAGCCUUUCGUCCUGCCCCCUGGGCUAAGAAUUGGCUAUCAUGUCUCCACCCACUUUUUUCAUUGGCUAGACUGGCUGCGGGUGACAGUGAAUGACAGACGGAGGGCCUAGCGCUCCGGGUCUGGCUGAGCCCAGCAGAACAGACCAGCCUUCUGGAAUCGCCCGGGUCGCGGUUCCUACGGUGACACGCGAGGCUGGUAACUGGAAUCUCCAGACCCAGGCCCAAGCUGGCCAGGGGUGCCCACAGAACCCCAACAGCUGUCCAGCCAGGGCACCCAGGACUGACGUGGAGCAGAAACUGUCCAUGGAGCUGGUUAACAAGGUGGACAGGGGGCUGCGGUGAUGGCACAGUUUGACACUGAAUACCAGCGCCUAGAGGCCUCCUAUAGUGAUUCACCCCCAGGGGAAGAGGACCUGUUGGUGCACGUGGCUGAGGGGAGCAAAUCACCUUGGCACCACAUUGAAAACCUUGACCUCUUCUUCUCUCGAGUUUAUAAUCUACAUCAGAAGAAUGGCUUCACAUGUAUGCUCAUUGGAGAGAUUUUUGAACUCAUGCAGUUCCUCUUUGUGGUUGCCUUCACCACCUUCCUGGUUAGCUGUGUGGACUAUGACAUCCUAUUUGCCAACAAGAUGGUGAACCACAGUCUCCAUCCUACUGAGCCUGUCAAGGUCACGCUGCCAGAUGCCUUUUUGCCUGCCCAAGUCUGUAGUGCCAGGAUUCAGGAAAAUGGCUCUCUUAUCACCAUCCUGGUCAUUGCUGGUGUCUUCUGGAUCCACCGGCUUAUCAAGUUUAUCUAUAACAUUUGCUGCUAUUGGGAGAUUCACUCCUUCUACCUACAUGCUCUGCGGAUCCCAAUGUCUGCCCUUCCAUACUGCACAUGGCAGGAAGUGCAGGCCCGGAUUGUGCAGACACAGAAAGAGCAUCAGAUCUGCAUCCACAAGCGUGAGCUGACAGAGCUGGACAUCUACCAUCGCAUCCUGCGUUUCCAGAACUACAUGGUGGCCCUGGUGAAUAAAUCCCUCCUGCCUCUGCGCUUCCGUCUGCCCGGUCUCGGAGAGGUUGUCUUCUUCACCCGUGGCCUCAAGUACAACUUUGAGCUCAUCCUCUUCUGGGGACCCGGCUCUCUGUUUCUCAAUGAAUGGAGCCUCAAGGCCGAGUACAAACGUGGAGGGCAACGGCUAGAGCUGGCCCAGCGUCUCAGCAACCGCAUCCUGUGGAUUGGCAUCGCCAACUUCCUUCUGUGUCCCCUCAUCCUCAUCUGGCAGAUCCUCUAUGCCUUCUUCAGCUAUGCCGAGGUGCUGAAGAGAGAGCCAGGGGCCCUGGGAGCGCGUUGCUGGUCACUCUAUGGCCGUUGCUACCUCCGCCACUUCAAUGAGCUGGAGCAUGAGCUGCAAUCCCGCCUCAACCGAGGCUACAAGCCGGCCUCCAAGUACAUGAAUUGUUUCUUGUCACCGCUGCUGACUCUGCUGGCCAAGAAUGGUGCCUUCUUCGCUGGCUCUAUCCUGGCUGUGCUUAUCGCUCUCACUAUCUAUGAUGAAGAUGUGUUGGCUGUGGAGCACGUCCUCACCACUGUCACCCUUCUGGGAGUCACGGUGACUGUGUGCAGGUCCUUCAUCCCAGACCAGCACAUGGUAUUCUGCCCCGAGCAGCUGCUCCGAGUGAUCCUUGCUCACAUCCACUACAUGCCUGACCACUGGCAGGGUAAUGCCCACCGCUCGCAGACCCGGGACGAGUUUGCCCAGCUCUUCCAGUACAAGGCAGUGUUCAUCUUGGAGGAGUUGCUGAGUCCCAUUGUCACACCCCUCGUUCUCAUCUUCUGCCUACGCCCACGGGCCCUGGAGAUUAUAGACUUCUUUCGCAACUUUACAGUAGAGGUUGUCGGUGUGGGAGACACGUGCUCCUUUGCUCAGAUGGAUGUUCGACAGCACGGCCAUCCUCAGUGGCUAUCUGGAGGGCAGACCGAGGCCUCAGUGUACCAGCAAGCUGAGGACGGCAAGACCGAGUUGUCACUCAUGCACUUUGCCAUCACCAAUCCUGGCUGGCAGCCACCUCGUGAGAGCACAGCUUUCCUGGGCUUCCUCAAGGAGCAGGUGCAGCGAGAUGGAGCAGCUGCUGGCCUUGCCCAGGGUGGUCUGCUCCCUGAAAAUGCCCUCUUCACAUCCAUCCAGUCCUUACAGUCUGAGUCCGAGCCAUUGAGCCUUAUUGCAAAUGUGGUAGCAGGCUCAUCCUGCCGAGGACCCCCACUGUCCAGAGACCUGCAGGGCUCCAGGCACAGGGCUGAUGUUGCUUCUGCCCUUCGAUCCUUCUCCCCUCUGCAGCCUGGACAGGCCCCUCAAGGCCGGGUUCCCAGUACCAUGACAGGCUCUGGAGUGGAUGCCAGGACAGCCAGCUCCGGGAGCAGCGUGUGGGAAGGACAGCUUCAGAGCCUGGUGCUGUCCGAAUACGCGUCCACUGAGAUGAGCCUUCAUGCCCUCUAUAUGCACCAGCUCCACAAGCAGCAGACCCAAGCUGAGCCGGAACGGCAUGUGUGGCAUCGCCGGGAGAGUGAUGACAGUGGAGAGAGUGCCCCUGAAGAGGGCGGAGAGGGUGCCCGGGCCCCCCAACCCAUCCCCCGCUCCGCCAGCUACCCCUGUGCAACACCCCGGCCUGGAGCACCUGAGACCACCGCCCUGCAUGGGGGCUUUCAGAGGCGCUACGGGGGCAUCACAGAUCCUGGCACAAUGCCCCGUGCUCCCUCUCACUUCUCCAGGCUGCCCCUGGGAGGAUGGGCAGAAGAUGGGCAGCCAGCAUCAAGACACCCAGAGCCGGUGCCAGAGGAGGGCUCAGAAGAUGAACUCCCCCCUCAAGUGCACAAGGUAUAGACAAGGCAGAAGCUGGCUCCCAUGCUCCAGGAUGGAGGCAGCAGCUGCCCUGCCAUCCCUUCUGCCUGACAUGAGAAGGAUUCUCCGAGUGUCGCCUGGCCCCACAUGUGUGGUGUUUUGUGUGUUCCUGCCUGGCCAAGGGAGGUGCCAACGCUGGGCUUGCCAUAGCCCAAGAAGAAUUUGAGGCCUAGGGACUAGGGGCACACAAGAGUCUGACCUCGUCCCCAGGAUUCCCUUGGCUCAGAGUGUGGUGCUAGAAACUGGUCCCCAGCCCAGCCCCAGUACUGCCAUCUUUGCAUCCACCCCUGCAAGUCUCCAGAGGGCUUCCUACCACAGAAGCGCUGCCAAGCAGAAGAACCUGUGCCAACUGUGGAGUGGGGAGGCAGGGCCUGAACCCUCAAUCCCUGCAGCCUAGCCCCCCAUCUGGAAUAGCUGAGCAGCUCAGGCUGUGGGCCCUUACCUCCAGUCCUCACCCACUGCUGCAGCACGACCCCCUCUUCCCUGCACAUCACUGGCAUGUGUGUGCUGCUUGCCUUCCUUCUGUUCACUUGCCCCCCCCCUUCUGUUUGGCUUUGGCUUUUUGUUGGGGUGAGAGCCCUAGCUCCCAGCUCCCCUCACACUAUCUUUUGACACUAAGAUGGAAGGUUUCUAAGUUGCAGGAACAGGAUGAAAAUUCUUUACUACCCUCUUCAACCCUUUAAGGAUGGGCACUUGGGAGUGUGAGGCCUUUCUGGCUACUUAUAAUAUACUCCUAUCACCUGCACAGGGGGCAGACAGGGCAGGAAUGUGACCUCAGUUAUAUAUACAUCCCAGCAAGACAGCUCUGCCCUGUAUCCCUCACUUACCAAAAGGAGGGUGGAGGGAUAAUGGACUCACCCUAGCCUAGGGCUUCGACACUGCAUGCUGGGAUUCAGCUCCUACCCUUACCCCAUACUCCCUUCCCCAGUUCUGCUCGGCUGUGGGAGGUAAACUUAUGCCGAAGGUGGAGGACUCUGCUGUCUCAGCCCACAGCAGCCCGGGUGGGAACCCUGUACAGCUUGAUAACCCUUAAUAAAGAAGGGACUUUGAUCGGG